CGGGCCGGGCCGGGCCGGCGGCACGGCCUGCACGCCCGGCCGGCCCCAGUCGAGUCCCGACACCGGCGCGGCGCUCACCGGCCGGCCGGCGGGUCUGUGAACGCCGGACGAGAGCCGCCGCAGUGAGAGGAGACGGCCGGCGAGCCGCUCCAGUGCCCCGCUGGUGCCGCGUCAGUGGCCCGCGUUCGGCGCCGUCGAGCGCGCUCAGUGUGAUAGUCAGUGUCGGCCACGGAGCGCCGGGCCAGCCGGGCAGAGAGUGACCCCGAGCGGCGCCGAGCUGCUAUCUGCCGCCGUGUCGAGUAUCUUUAUCGGCGGGUCGGCCCAUCGCUGCGGGCCGCCGGGCGCCGCGCGCCACUCCGCCGCCGUCGAGCCGCCGGCCAGCGUGUGACCUGUGACCCGCCGCGCCGCCGCUCGCCGCCGCUCGCCGCCGCUCGUCAGCCAGCUGUCGCCGCCACCUGCUGCAGCCAUGGCCUCCACCGACCCGGCAUUCCGCACCAUCCCGAAACGCUCCACGUGCUUCCUGAUAUGGCGUGUGGAAAAGAUGGCUCUGGUGCCGCUGCCUCGCGACCAGUACGGCAAGUUUUACCGCGGCGACUCCUACGUCAUCCUCAACGUGUCCGAGGGUCGCAAGCCGGGCGGUGUCGGCACCAAGGUGCACGAGACCUCCGGGCCGACCACGUCCAGCAUUCACUUCUGGCUGGGCUCUCAGACCUCGCAGGAUGAGGCGGGCGUGGCCGCCUACAAGACGGUGGAGCUGGACGACCUUCUGGGCGGCACGCCGGUCCAGUACCGUGAGGUGGAAGGUCACGAGAGCCAGCGGUUCCGCUCCUACUUUCCCUCUGGCAUCCGUCACCUGGACGGAGGCGUGGCCACUGGUUUUACGCACGUCACGGACGAGUUCACGCCGACCCUGUUCCUGGUGAAGGGUCGCCGCCACCCGGUCAUCCGACAGCUGCCCUCAGUCGAGUGGAAACACUUCAACGACGGCGAUGUGUUCGUGUUGGACGCACGCGAGGCCGUCUACGUGUGGACCGGAAAGGAGGCUAACCACAUGGAGAGGAUCCAGGCUGCCAAGACGGCCCAGUCAAUUAAGGACGACCACGGCGGAGCCGACAUCAUCGUCGUGGAAAGCGGCAAAGAGGCCGAAAUGUCGAAGAACGAGAAGGCGCUCUUCAACAAGCUGUUGCCGCUGUCGGACCGCUCGGUGCGCCCCGCCUCCGCUGCGCCGUCGGACGACAAGCAGGAGAGGCGUGUGGCGGAGGACAUCCGUCUCUACCGCUGCAGCGACGAGGACGGCGCCCUCAAGGUCACGGAGGUCAAGGGCGGCCCGCUGCUACAGUCUGACCUGGACAAGAAUGACACGUUCAUCAUCGACAACGGCGAACAGGGCAUCUGGGUGUGGGUGGGACGACGCGCCACCCACAAGGAGCGUGCAGAGGCCAUGCGCAACGCUCAGGGAUUCAUCAAGAAGAAGAACUACAGCCAAGCGACACCGGUGACGCGUGUCAUUGACGGCGGCGAGCCCACCGACUUCAAGAGCCUGUUCCAGUCGUGGCGUGAUAAGGAUGCCACCACCGGGCUGGGUAAGAAGGCCACUAUUGGACAGGUGGCCAAGACCAUCCAGACCAGCUUUGACGCCUCCACGCUGCACGAGCACCCGGACCUGGCGGCGCACACGCAGAUGGUGGACGACGGCACCGGCAAGAAGGAGAUCUGGCGCGUGGAGGACUUUGACCUGAAGCCGGUGCCCACCGACAAGUAUGGCAAGUUCUUCUCAGGAGACUGCUAUGUGAUCUUGUACACCUACCAUGCUCGCGGCCGAGAGGAGCAGAUCAUCUACUACUGGCUGGGUUCGCACUCGGCGCAGGACGAACAGGGCACCGCAGCUCUGAAGACCGUGGAGCUGGACGACAGCCUCGGCGGCCGGCCGGUCCAGGUGCGCGUCGUCCAGGGCAAGGAGCCGCCGCACUUCCUGGCGAUGUUCGGCGGUCGGAUGGUGGUCUACUCGGGUGGCGUCUCGUCCGCCUUUGAAAGCGCCGAAGGUGUCAACGGCGGCCACAACACCACUGUGGGCGACACCUACCUGCUGCAGGUGCGUGGCACCACCAACUACAACACGCACGCCGUCCAGGUGGACUGCCGCGCCGGCUCGCUCAACUCCAACGACUGCUUCGUACUGCGCCACGGCGGCGAGGUGUUCGUCUGGUGCGGCAAGGGCGCCACCGGCGACGAGCGCGAGAUGGCCAAGACCAUCGCUGCUGAGAUGCACAGCGAGCCGCAGAUCAUCUACGAGGGCCAGGAGCGCGACGACUUCUGGGCCAAGCUGGGCGGCCUGGAGCCGUACGCGAGCAGCCCGCGCCUGGCCGAGGCCGACCAGAUGCAGCCGGCACGUCUCUUCCAGUGCUCCAACGCCUCCGGGCGGUUCCUGGUCGAGGAGAUUCCCGACUUCAUCCAGGAUGACCUGGUGCCCUCGGACGUGAUGCUGCUGGAUGCCUGGAACACCAUCUUCAUCUGGAUCGGCUCCGGCUCGAACAAGACAGAGCGGGAGCGUGCCGAGAAGACGGCGAUCGAGUACCUGCGCACGGACCCGGCAGGACGCGGCGUCGGCACUCCCAUCGUGCGGGUCAAGCAAGGCUGUGAGCCACCCACCUUCACUGGCUUCUUCGGCGUCUGGGACGACGGUCUGUGGGAGUCGCAGCCCGACUGGGAGGCGGUGCGCCGCGACGUGUCUGCCGGCAACAAGGGCAUCAGCGAGGUGACGGUGGCCGCCGCCAAGGCCGUUGAGCUGCCCGUCUACGAGCUGGAGACGCUGCGGCAGCACGACCCAGAGCUGCUGCCCGAGGACGUCGACCCGUCCAUCAAGGAGCGCUACCUAGCGCCCGAGGUGUUCGAGGAGCUCUUCGGCAUGAGCCGCGACGCGUUCAGCGCUCUACCCACGUGGAAGCAGCAGCAGCUGAAGAAGAAGGUGGACUUAUUCUAGGUGUUGAUUCCGGUGCGUCGUGUUCAGCCAGUGAGAAAGUUGUCACACCUGCGGGCUGAGAUAAUGUGUUCGUGUGUGCGGUCUUGUUAGUGGUGGAGAUAUGAACGAAAAUGGGCGAUAGCUGAUCGAUCACUGAUAGCUGCCUAUUUAUCCAGUGAGGGCUGGCCGGGAAAACCAGAUCCGAUGCCGGCACGGGGUGCUUGUUGUUGGUAUGCCACUUGGCGAGCAGAUGUCUCGAUCAGAGUCCUAUUCCGUGUUAAAGUUUAUUGACAUGUUAUCUACACCAACGGGUGAUGAGUGAAGAAAGCUGUUGAGUCCCCAAUGCCUGCAGAGCUGUUGCCAUGUAUAAGCCAGAUAUGUCAGGAGCAUAAGAUACGAUUACCGAAAUAAUAUAUAUUGAGGUUUACAGUAAAAAGCGGCUCUCAAUGCUGCUCAUGUGCCCGACAUUGAACUAUGUUUGCUUUCUGUGUACGUCACGAUAUAUAUGAUCCAGAUGAUA